AAUUCAAUGGAGAGCUGGAAUCAUAUGAAAGAGAAAUGAGUUAGGAGAGCUGUAAAGAGAGAGAACGCUGAUACUAUAUAUAUUAUUAACAAACUUAAAGUAUGGUUUAAACAAAUUUUUAACAUGAACUUGACAUCAAGUGUCGUCCGCAAGUGAAAAAGUGUAAUCUUUUAUAACGGGAAUUUUUUUUACUAAUAAGGAUUUAUAACAGUACCACAACAACAAUAUGGAUUUAAGCAAAAUUAUAACAAUCUGUGCUUUUUGCACCAUUUUCGGAAUGGAAUUUGUAUUAAGUUCACCCACAUUUGGUAGUGAACAUGUGCAUAUUAAGGUGCAUAUACCUCAUGAACACUCAGGUGGAAAAGGGAUAUUAAAAUCUAAACAUCCAGUGAUACAUCAUGUUCCUAAACAUCAUGUCAAACAUAAAAUUAUACAUCACUAUCACCAAAGACCCGUAAAAACAGUAGUGGUAAAGGAAAAGGCUCCUUUGUUGGAAAAUCAUUAUCUUGCGGAAUUGGAUAAACCUCACAAUCAUGAACAUUCAUAUCAACAUGAUCACGGUCCUAAACAUAUAGAGGAAACCUAUGUAAUAAAAGAACAACAUCAGCAUAUUAAACCCGUUAAAGAAAUAAAUACUGUUAAAGUUGUAGAGGAAUAUGAUCACCAUCAACAGCAUCAACCUCAUCAUGAAUAUGGUCAAAAUCAUAUAGAAACUAAUAAAUUAAUAGAAAGUGACCAAAAUCAGCAUUAUCAUGAAGAUCAUGGUCAUCAUCAUCAUCAACCUCAUCAUGAAUAUGGUCACAACCAUAUAGAAACCAUUAAAUUAGUAGAAAGUGCUCAAGAUCAUCAUUAUCAUGAAGAUCACGAUCAUCAUGUUAAGUUUGUAGAAGAAAAGCCGCAAUAUCAUUAUCAGCACAAAGAAAUGCCGACAAAUUAUGAUUAUCAUUCACCAAAAGAAGAAGUAAUAAAAGUAAUACAAGCCCCCAGGUAUAUACAUAGUCAUUAUGUCCAUGAACCCCAGGUUAAGGAGAUCGUCGAGGAAGAGGAAGUUAUUGAAACAAAACCCGCAGCUCCUAAAGGUUAUUAUAAAAACCAUGAUCUAGAUGAUCAUUUACUGCCUGAUAUCAUUGAAGAAUCUUUAGAAAUUUUCGAAACUAAAAAAGCUAAAAACCAUAAUUAUGAAAAUAAUCAGUAUAAAACUCACUAUGGCUAUCAACAGUCAAAAGGAGAAGUAAUUUCGAAACCUCAUCAUCAUUAUCAAAAGGUGCCAGCAACAAAUUACCAUUAUAGUCAUGUACCUAAAGUUCAUGAUGAAGAACAAAUUGAAUAUGAAAAACCCAGCAGUCAUCAUCAUUAUUCACAACAUUCACACACACAAACCGCUGCUCCAGAAUCCUCUCAUCAUUAUACCACACAUUCUGGCGAUUAUGAAGAGGAUUCGCAACAUGACAGUCAACAUGAAUAUGUUACAGAUUAUGAGAAAUAUUUACCUUCUUCCGAAACACCUCAAGAUUUUAAUGUCCCCCAUAAAGAGUAUCAAAAACAAAAUACUCUUUAUGAAGAUUUCAAUACUAAGGAUGAUUAUUCUAAUGAUGUAAAUACUGCAAAUCCAGCAGAAACUUAUACCGGGCAUGAUAGUUACAGUGCUGGUCAUGUGCAGGGUUUAGGUAGUGGUGGCUACCGUUAUCAUAUGCCAUAA